CAAAUUCUUGUCCCCAAAAAGAAGAAAAAACUAACUCGAAAGACGAUUGUACCCAUUAACGUAAACCCUUGAUAAUAAACCCUAAAAAGCAAUUGCAAAAUUCUCCCUCAACCUUCUUCUCUGAGUAAGGAUCAACGUCCAACAAUGGCGAAGAGCGAAACAAUGAAGAAAAACAAGAAGAAAUCGAAGAAAGCAGGUGUAAAAAAGGUAUCCAUGAAGCAAAAAUCAGCACCCAAGGAUAACCCUUUCGAGACAAUUUGGUCCCGCCGCAAAUUCGACGUCAUCGGCAAAAAACGCAAAGGCGAAGAACGCCGUAUUGGCCAAGCUCGUACUCGCGCUAUCGAUAAGAGGAAGAAGACGUUGCUGGUAGAGUAUGAGCAAAGUGGGAAAGCUUCGGUUUUUGUGGAUAAUCGUAUCGGGGAGCAGAAUGCUACUCUUGGUGAAUUUGACAAGGCCAUUUUGCGUUCCCAGCGUGAGCGCCAGAUGAAAAUAAAAAAGACAAGCAAGUAUAAUUUAUCCGAUGAAGAGGAGGAUGAUCUUGAUAUCUAUGAUGGACUAAGGGAUGACUAUGAUGACGAAGUGGAACAUGGCAGUGACGAGGAUGCAGGUCAAGACAGUUCUUCCAUCUUAAGGCAUGGGCGGAAAUCAGUGGAUGCAAAUAUAGCCGAGGAGGAAAAUAGGCUGAAGAGUAAAAAGGAAGUGAUGGAAGAGAUCAUUCAGAAAAGCAAAUUUUUCAAAGAACAAAAAGCGAGGGAAAAAGAAGAAAAUGAGAAGCUGGUUGAACAAUUGGACAAAGAUUUUGAGUCUUUAGUUCACUCAAAUGCUUUAUCGUCUCUUACUCAACCAAACAAGAUGAAUGCUUUGAAGGCUCUUGUGAAUCCGAACUUUUCAAAAGAGCUCAAAGGGAAAGAGGUUAUGUCAGUUUCCAAGGUUUCUAAGCAGGAUGAGCCUGAUACUUAUGAAAAAUUGGUUAGCGAAAUGGCAUUUGAGAUGCGUGCUCGUCCAUCAGAUAGGACAAAGACUGCGGAGGAGAUUGCCGAGGAGGAGAAAGAACGGCUAGAGCGACUUGAGCAAGAGCGGCAGGAUAGGAUGCGUGCUACUGAUGAUGCCAGUGAAGAGGAUGAUGAUUCUGAGAGUGAUGGCAAGCCAUUUGCUAACAAGCAUAGUCAUGUUUCUGGUGAUGACCUGGGUGACUCGUUCACUGUUGAUGACAAGUCAUUGAAUAAAAAGGGGUGGGUUGAUGAAAUUCUAGAAAGGAAUGAUACAGAGGAUACUGAGGAUGAGGAUGAAGAUAGUAGGAAUUCUGAUGAUUCAGAAGAGAGUGAAGAUGAUGAGGGAGGGACAGAAGAUGAGAAGGAUAAUGGAAAGGCAGAAACUUUGAAGGACUGGGAACUGAGUGACGAUGAAGUUAUUGGUACAGAUCUGCUCGACGAGGAGGAUAAAUCAGAUGAAGAGGGGGGAGAAGAAGAUAAUAAAACGCAUAGUGAGAUGGAGGACAAAAAGAAUGAGAGGCUUGCCAAUCCUGUCAGAAAGGUGAAAAAGAAAACUGCACUGCUGGAUUUAGGUAUGGCACAGCGUUCAAGUCUAAAACAAGAACUUCCUUUCAAAAUUAAUGCUCCAGGAACUAUGGAGGAAUUACACGCACUGUUUCAAGAUCACUCUAAUGAAGAUAUAAUCGAAGCAAUCAGGAGAAUCCGCAUAUGCAAUGCUAUACCUCUUGCUGCCGAAAAUCGGAAGAAAAUGCAAGUGUUCUAUGGUCUCCUUCUGCAGUAUUUUGCUACAAUACCAAACAAAGUUCCGUUAAACUUUCAGUUAUUGAACUUGCUGGUAAAACCAUUGAUGGAGAUGAGCUCAGAAAUUCCAUUUUUUUCAGCAAUUUGUGCUCGUGAACGUAUACAGCGGACUCGUACAAAAUUUUCUGGGGAUAUCAAAGACCCAGGAAACAGCUGCUGGCCUUCCAUGAAGACCUUGCUUCUGUUGAGACUUUGGUCCAUGAUAUUUCCAUGCUCCGAUUUCCGUCAUGUUGUCAUGACACCAGCUUCUUUGUUAAUGUGUGAGUAUCUGAUGCGUUGCCCUGUUCUGUCUGUCCGUGAUGCUGCAAUUGGGUCUUUCUUAUGCUCCAUAGUUCUUUUGGUGACCAAAAACUCUAAGAAGUUCUGUCCCGAAGCUUUAACGUUUCUCAAGGAUUUACUACUUGCAGCUACAGUUAAAGAUCCACGAUGCCCGAAGGACUCUCAGAUGCGUACACAGGACCAUAAGCCUCUGUUGUGGAUAGGAGAGAGUAUAGAGGACAUUAAGCCUCUGGACUUCCUCAAGAUAAUGAACUUGCCUAAAGAUUCCUCCUUUUUCAACAGUCAUGAUUUCAGGGCCAGCGUGCUGGUAUCAGUGGUGGAGACCCUUAGGGGAUUUGUAAACAUCUACGGAGAACUUAAAGCUUUCCCUGAAAUAUUUUCGCCUAUAAAAGCAUUGAUGAUUGAAGUUGCAGAUCAAAAAAACAUGCCUAAUCCUUUACAAGAGAAAAUAAGAGAUGUAGUUGAGCUCAUAAAAAAGAAAGCCGAUGAAUAUGAUGAACACCGACAACCACUUGAGAUGCGGAAACAGAAGCCUGUUCCCAUUAAAUUACUAAAUCCCAAGUUUGAAGAGAAUUUCAUAAAGGGUAGAGAUUAUGACCCUGAUCGUAUUCGAGCUGAGAAUAGGAAGAUGAAGAAACUCUUAAGAAAAGAAGCACGGGGAGCUGUUAGUGAGUUGAGGAAAGAUAACCACUUUCUCCAAGCAGUUAAGGAAAAAGAGAAGCAACGAGUGGACGAAGAGAGAGCAGAGACUUAUGGUAAGGCGAGAGCUUUUCUACAAGAACAAGAACAUAAUUUCAAGUCUGGGCAGCUUGGAAAGGGUCGUAAGAGAAGACGGUAAAACCUCUCUUCAACUGUCAAUAAGCUACUUUGUUGGGCAAUCACUUCUAGCUUUUAAGUGUUGGUCAUCCAUCCUCAAGGUACUAUUGCCAUGGCUAUGCUCCAAAAACUCGAUUGUCUAAAAGUUAUUCAAAUCGGGUAUGUUGCAUAUUGGUUCCUCCUGUUUUUAGUUUAGGCCUGCACAAUGCAUUUUUGUAAUCUUUUCUAUCAAAUUAUAGAAUCAAAAUUGGCAUUUCUUUUGUUUUUGUACCUGUUUUUUUUGGGUUGUGCAAUUUCUGGGUUUUGCAAUUCUUUUUUGGUGGUAAUGUAAAAAAGAUGUAAUUUAAGAUUUUCUUUA